AUGGCGGGCAGUGUGUGGGCAUCCCUGGGACUCUCCCUUGCCUGCAUCUCAGCCCUCAGCCUCAGCUCUCCCGUCUGGUUCCAGACCCCCACCUUCUCCUUUGGCGUCCUCACCUACUGCUCCUGGCCUCAGGGUAACGGCUGGAACCAGAGCUGUGGAACCUUCAGGUCCCUGGAUGACAUUCCUGACUUUGCCUGGAAGGUCUCAGCUGCAAUUCUCCUUGGAGGAUGGCUCUUGUCGGCCUUCAGUGCAGUUCUCCUCCUGUCCUGGGCCCUGGCCCCCAAAGGGCUGUGUCUCAGAAGGGGCAGUGGCCCAAUGCCAGGGGUGCAGGCAGCUGCAGCCACUGCCACCAUUGUGGGCCUGCUGGUUUUCCCCAUCAGCCUGGACUCCCCAUUUGCCAAGGAAGCCUGUGGAACCUCCUCCGUGUACUACAGUGGCCAGUGCCAGCUAGGCUGGGGCUAUGUGACUGCUAUCUUCAGCGCAGUCCUGGCUAGCUUUCUGCCUAUGAUUGGGUGGCCCCGCAUGACUCAGGUCCAGGGGAGGACCAUCCUCUUCUCCAGUGACACUGAGAAAAGCAUCCUCAUGCCAGAAAUGAACAAAUAA